AUGGCUUCAUGGUUCACGUCUUGGCUGCCUAGUCUGCCGACCAUCGACUUCAGUUUGCCUUCAACUAUCCAGAGGAGAUUUAUCUCUUUUGUCUUGAAGAGAACCCUUGGUCACUUCCUUCGACCAGGGCAACUGGAUGUUCACCAAAUAGACAGCCAGAUUGGGUCUGGUCAUGUUCAGGUCAAUAACCUGGAACUAGAUAAUAAGGCCAUCAAUUCUCUUAUUGAUAACCUUCCGCUCGAACUUCAAGAUGGAUCCAUCGGCUCAGUCACGGCGCGUAUACCUUGGCCCAAUCCAUUGACAUCUACGCUUGGAUUCUCCAUCCAAUCCCUGCACCUUGCGUUUCGCCUCACAUCUUCUACCAGAAAGUCUGAGACAGAUUUGUCGGACUCUGUCGCGUCUGUAGCGGAGUCCUUCAUCCAUGAUGAACUCACUCCUCGAGAAGAGGCCACGCUUCGAGAAUCAAUCUACUCUGAAGUUAUGACAAGGGAUGGCGAAGAUGACCACCAUGUUCCGGGAGGGUUGAAUCCAUUUCUGACUGAGCCGGAGGAGCACGACUUUCAGGCUGAUUCUGACCCCGCGGGCAUAUCCCUGUUUGCAAUCCUCAUCGAGAGACUUCUGGCCAAGUUCGAGUGCGAUAUCGCCGACUCAAAAUUUACCAUCAUCUCCCCUGGCGAGUCUAGCUUUACGUUCUACGUGGGCGAAUUGACGUAUGCGGUGGAAUCCCCGGCGACAGAUCCAAACACUGGUGUGCCGGUACCAGUGGAAGGUAACGUCGGUGAGACGCGAAAGGUUACUGUGAAGAAUGUCAAAGUGACAAGCAAAGACUUACGCCCCCCGCACAUGCAAUCUCCUUGGCCGUCAGCAUAUUCGAGCAAUGCUCCGACCGAAAGAGCUGCAUCACCCGCUUCUUCGUCUUCGUCGUUGGAUGAGGACACACAGCUUCUUAUGUCUCAGUCGAUUGCAUGCCUACCUCAGCGAUCAUCGUCUCCCACUAGCUCUGUGGCGAGUAGCAUGUAUCAAAGCGCGAUUUCUGCGGCGGAUGAACCUUCUGAAGCCGAUGUCGACCGUCAACCCAGCGACCGAAGUCCUGGCGGCGAAUCGCGUUCCACCAUCAUGCAGACAUCUCCUCCACUUCCGGUCUCGGAUGCUCACUUUGAGGAGACUAUAUUCUCCCUUGGAUCCGACACCGCCACUAUUCGCCUGACUACUCCCUCCCCGACAAGCCCAGCGCAAAGUGAAGGCACGUCGCCGUUAGAUUCCACCUCUAAACAGCCGAGUAUUAGGGCAGAGAAUCUCAAACUGUCCGUCAGCAUUGGUAUAAUCACUAGCUCUCUGCGUGCAAGACAUCUCCGCGCUGUAAUGGACAUGUUGGAACGCUGGAACCUCUAUCGCGGACCUCAACGUCCGACUCCAACCCCCCCUUCCGAGUCGCAGCCGUCGGCUCUAUCUUUGACCGUCGAUGGUUCUGUUCACGUCAAGGGCAUUGCAUUGGUUGUUCUCCCCGCGAGUAACAGACCUGAGGACCUCUCCACAUUUUACGCCCGUCCCUUGGUCCCUCCUUCCCUUUCCACUGCAUACGUUCGGGUUCAUAUCGACAGCAUCUCGUGCUCCUUCCCUCACUUUAUUCUAAAUGACAGUGCUCCUCCGAAACGGAGGGAUGCCAGUCGAGAAGCGCCCACAGCAACCGUGUCGUUAUCAAUAUCUGACUUCUCUGUAUUCGCUGUACAACCGUCUUUGGGAGACGAGAUAAUCGCAUCGCCCAUUAUGAUCACAGAUCCCCUCCUUAUAAUGCAACCUCCGGCUUCGGCUCCUCGUGCGCAUCCUUCGGAUCCGGAAAUAGAGCAACUACCCGAGUUCCAAACUGUGGAUUACACGGAUGAGGCUUCUUGGGUUCAUGGCGUAAGACCUUCGUUUUGGCGGACGAAGCCCAAGCAAAGAGCUCGGUCACAACAUACUAGACAAACGAGUCACGCCACUUCCAACGCGUCUGAGCACGGCGAAGCUCCCCAACCAAUGACGCCUCCGGUGACCCCGGCUGUCCAGCUCCGUUUGUCUCGCUCAGGUGACAUAGAGGUCAAGGUGGUGCCGCUGCAUCUGUUUCUCGAUUUAGGCCAAGCAUUACAGCACGGCGGUGUCCUGGCCUUUGUGGGGGAACUCUACACUGUGGUAGAUGGGGUGCCUGAUGCGGACUCGGGAAAAGUGACGGACGACGAAGAUGGCAGCGAUUCGAGCACUCCACCUGCCACCCCAAGACAACCAAGUCGUACCUUUGAGGAAUUGCAAGAGCGUGAACGAAGGAGAUUAGAGCGAUUAGUGAUGGAAGACCUUGAUCUUGAUCUCAAGUAUGACUACAAGAGAGAGCAGACCAAGAAGUUCGAUGGCCCUCGACCGAAAGCGGGACAACGCAAGCGUAAAGCGCCGAUCACAAAGUUGUCUGUGAAGCUGGCCAUGGUCAGAUUGCAGUUACGAUGCCCGUCACCCAUUCGAUAUGCGCAACGCUCUGGUGCUGUAGUCUUCGACAUCCUUGACAUCGAACUUUCUACAGGAGAGUCAGCCACCAAACCAACCCCAAAGUUUGUCGACUUCGACAAUGAUUCUGGAUCACCCAGAGGUAACAUCCUAGCUUCCGCUAGCUUCGAAGCCAUUUCGUUAUCCCUGGCCCUUGCUCAUACUACCAGAGCGAGAAGUCUGAUAUACGCAACUGGCCUUUCCUCCACAAAUGGUGCUACCCCGCGAUGCAGGGUGGUAGUUAUGAAGCUGGAACCCGUGAAUUCGCACACCCCCCCUCUUUCCUUGAUCUUGGAGAUCGCUUCAGUACGAGCGGUCGUACCGAAAGAUCUUCUCGACGGGGUCCAGUAUUGGGCUGACGAUCUUUCACAACUGCUAGAAGGGUUGAGCAAAGUCCCAGAAGAAGACUCCGACACGGAUAAGGCCUCAAUGAUUGGUAGCCGAUUCUUCGCUAAAUCGAGAAGUGGAAGUACAACUGGUAGCGGGCUGACAAUCGGUCGCAAGCCGCCUACAGAGCAAAGUGAAACGGUGGUGAAAGUGAUAAUAUUAGAAGCCCAUUUAACCGUUCUUUUACCUCGCCAGCGUGCCAACCAAAUUCCUCGGCCAAUUAUUGUCCGAGCUUCUGAUAUUGAUAUUCUCUUAGAGCUGAAGCCAGAAGGCAAGACAGUGGUGACACUGGCUGUAAUGGAAGCGUCGGUGACCGACUAUCCGGAGGCCGAAUCUGUGCGCAAGUUACUAGCACUCACAGUACCUCAUUCUAUCACAUACACGCCUAAACCUAUGGUCAAACUUCGCUUCAUCUCAUUGAUUGUUCCAGAAACCACGGCAAAGGAAGCACGUAUACACCUCACGCUUUGCGGCUUUGAACACACAGUACACCCUGAUAUAGGUUGGAUAGAGGAUCUGGCAACGUUUAGCAAAGCGCCUCCCGGUGCAUUCGAGUCCGUCAUCCCUAGCGAGCGUACCAAGAUCACAGUCAAAGCGAAUGACGGUUCGAUCCGUGCAGUGGCUUCCAAAUACCCUGGAGCAGUCUUGUUGUACGUCGGCGACUUCACAUUCUCCACGGUGCUUGGGGAGUCGGUCAUGAGCUACGAUCUGGACGCAUCCGAUCUUGCUAUCCUCGUUGUUGACGACUUGGCGGACGUCUCAUUGAAAAAACCCACCGCCAAAGGGUUGUUGCACUGGAAGGGGAUUGGAUAUGCUUUAGUGUCGGAAGUCACAAUUCUCCAGACGAAUGUACGCGUACUUACAGAGGCGGAGGUCCCAAAUACGCAAGUAACCAUAGAACGCAUUGGCAUCCGAAUACACUUGUGUGCCGAUACUCUCACUGCGAUCACGACCUUCGCCUCGGAUCUUACCUCUGUUUUUAGCCCGCCUGGGGAACAACCACCUAAGCGAAGAAACCAACCAUCUGUUCUAUCUAAAGAACGCACACAUCCUGUUUUCUCCACUGUCGAAGAGCAUGCCUUCAAUGUCAACCCAGAAGUAGGGCCGGCUAUCGAUAUGAUACACGAUGAUUUGCCGACGAAUGUAUACUACUUGGAUGAACACUUCGGAUCAGCUGCGGGCUUACGGGAGGUUCGAGACGAUGAUCUGGACGACUUUGACGGCGGGGACGAUAUUGUUGCAGGUGGCCCAGUGGAUGUCUCGCUUACCUUGCGUAAUACUGGCGUUACUUCCGAUGUAGGGAGUGAGACCGUUAAGAUGCUACAGCCUCAGGGAAUCCACAUCGUAGAAAAUUACUACGACAGCCUCCCAGCUAUACCGGAGGAUGGUGGAGUCGAACGAGGCCCAACUACGCUCCAAGUCCGAGUCCACCACGGCGAUGUUACCCUCCUCCUCUAUGAUGGGUAUGAUUGGGCAAGGACAAGAAGGAUAAUAGAAGAUGAAGUAAAGGAGAUGCGACGACGCCUCGCCAAGAUUCGGCAACUUGUUGCCACCGGACAAGUCCCAGACGAGGGUGUCGAAGAGACGAGCGCGAUGCUCUUCAAUUCCAUGUACAUUGGCCUAGAGCGUGACCCCGGAGAACUGGAGCCCGCGGCGCUCAUCGCAGCUAUCGAUGAGGAACUUCGAGAAGAUACAGAAACCGCCACCCAGAGCUCUUGGGAGUCACUGAUGCCACCAACCAUGCCACCAACAGCUGGUGCCGCCCCACGCCCUCACGUUCGGUCGACGAAAGUGAAUGGCAAGAAGCUUACACGUUCCAAAAGGUCUCGUAUAGAAAUAUGUUUAAUGGGACUGAGGGCAGAGGUUGACAAGUAUUUACCGGACGACCCCACGGUUGCUCGUAACUUCAUCACUGUCAAGGAUAUCGAGAUCCUAGACCAUAUAAAGUCAUCCACAUGGAAGAAAUUCCUGACGAGUAUGAAGACAGACUCGAAAGGCACUAUUCGUGAAACUGGGUCGAAUAUGGUGCGCGUCGAACUGCUCACCGUUCGGCCUGCUCCAGGGCAUCCGUCUGAAGAAGCCAGGUUAAAGGCAAAAAUAUUGCCUCUCAGACUAUACGUCGAUCAGGAUGCUUUAGACUUCCUAAAGAAGUUUUUCAGCUUCAAGGACCCAGACGCCCCCCCUAGCACGUCGGAUGGUGAAGACAUAUAUUUCCAGCAUGCAGAAGUCUUUCCUGUCGACCUCAAGCUCGAUUAUAAGCCUCGUCGCGUAGAUUACAGAGCCCUUCGAGAGGGUCGUACCAUCGAAUUAAUGAACUUCUUCCACUUUGACGGUGCUGAAAUGACUCUGCGGCACAUCACUGCAUCUGGCAUUACGGGAUGGCCCCGUUUCUUCGACUUGUUGAAUGACCUCUGGACACCUGAUGUCAAGGCCACCCAGCUUGUAGAUGUCAUCUCCGGGGUCGCCCCCAUUCGCUCUGUGGUGAACGUUGGUUCAGGGUUUGCCGAUCUCGUCUUGCUUCCCAUUGCCCAAUUCAAGAAAGAUGGAAGAGUCGUACGAGGGCUACAGAGGGGUGCCAACUCUUUCGUCAAGUCUACCGCGAUGGAAGCUAUCAGACUGGGCGCUCGAUUGGCCACUGGCACCCAAGUGAUCCUCGAACAAGCUGAGGGCGUAAUUGGUGGGCAAUUCGACCAAGCAAUAACGACAGAAACCAUGCAACCAACCGCUUGGGAGGAAGACUCGAGGCCUUUGUUGGAUGAAGACGAGAUGGCGGAUUUGAUCAGCAAAUAUGCAGACCAACCAUCGGAUAUCACUGAAGGGGUGCAGUCUGCGUACAAGAGUCUGCGCAAGAAUUUGAACUCUGCAGCGCAGACGAUCCUGGCCGUGCCAAUGGAAGUAUAUGAGCGUUCGGGCGAUGAGGCGAGUGGUCCUGUUCGUGCCGUGAUUCGGGCGGUGCCCAUCGCUGUGUUGAAGCCGAUGAUAGGCGCAAGUGAGGCAAUAAGCAAGACACUGAUGGGUCUUCACAAUACAAUGGAUCCCAAUGUUCGGUAUGAGAACGAGGAGAAGUACAAGCAACGAUGA